AUCUAGGUUGGGAGCUGCCCUGUCAGGAAGCAAGACAGACUGAGGGGAAGGCACCAGGAGAACCGAGAAGAUGGGGAACUCUCUGCUGAGGGAAAACAGAUGCUGGGACCGCCACAUUGCCGAAGGGUGUUUCUGCCUGCCGUGGAAAAAGAUAGACAUUUUUAAAGCCAGGCGAGAUUACCCAAAGGAAAGUGAAGGAACAUCAUCUACUACCAAGAAGGACAAUGCAGACCAGAGCUUUUCAGAGGAGCUGUGCUACGCCCUCAUCGAUCAUAGCCUCCUCGGGAGAAUGCCAUCAGGGAACUCUGCUGAGGGGUAUUAUGAAAAUGUUCUCCACCAGGCCAACAGGCCCAGAGAGUCCUUGAGAGGAAGCGAGACUGAGUAUUCACUUCUCUCUGCACCUUCCACCCACAAACGUCCACCUUCCCCAGAAGAUGAGUAUGAACUUCUCACACCCAGUAGAAUCUCCUCUCACAUCCUGCAACAGCCACAGCUCCAUAUAAGCCGUUCUGAGGCUGAGGUUGUCCAUGUAUAAUGGAGCAGUUGGACCAACAUUUGUUCCACACCAGCACAUAAAAGCUAGGGGGUUGGGGGAUACUCUGCUUACCUCUUCCACCCUCACCUCCACACACACACAACAGCCCUUUCUACAGGGGUCUCUGCAGAACAUGGUUUAUAAACCACGGGGCUGCUUAGAUCUUACUCAAUAUUCAACACCCAAAAGUUUGCCAGCUAUCCUGAAUACCACUUUUUGAGAGGGAGUGACCAUAUUUGAUUGUAAGUGGCUUUGAAAAUAGGCUGCUGUACUCAGAGGCCAGAGGGGCUCCCUGAUCCCCUGCAGCUAUACACAUCAAAAACGGUUCUGCUCCUCUGUCCAGGUUCUUCUU